GUGACGUAUCGUUUGGUAUAAAAAGCGCGCGCUUUCGGGUCGCACUCACAACCAACCACGACACAGAUCUCACCAUAGCUCGAGCAGACGUGAUUUUGUUUUCGUUUUCUUCAUUUAUCAUCUGAAAGGAAAGAUGGACGCCGCAACGAUCUCACAGCAUCUUUUCGUAUUCUUCCACAUUUUUUCACUUCUUCAAGUAAUAUUCGGCUGCGAGGAUGCGAUUGACAUCGGUGGCUCGCGGGGAGUCCAGAUCGAAGGGUUCCACGGAAGCCGCGUGGAGGUCAAGUCUCUGCCAGAACCAUUCACAGACGGAUCUGUCCUAAAUAUUGAUUUCCGAACCAUAACUGACUCCGGCCUCAUCUUCUUCGUUGGCGAGCGAAACACGAAAAACAUGGCCGCCGCUUACUUGAGGGAUGGUUACAUAUUGUACCGGUUCAGGUGCAACAGCGCCAAGGGGGAGUUCAUUGUCAACAUGGCAGAGGGGAACACGGACUACACAGACGGGCAAUGGCACAAGAUUUCCAUCACGCGUAAGUGGGGCACUGAUAUCGUGAGGAUCGACAACAUCAAACCUUUCAAAGACUACUACUUAACUUGUGGAAAUUAUGACUAUGCUUUCCUGGGAGGCUUGCCAAAGUUCUCAAGUGAGGAGAUACCGGAAUCUCAUGGUCUCCAGCGCAACCUGCAUCACAGCUGCAUCAGGAAUUUCCAAAUCAACACCAAACCGGGAGUGGCGUCGAAAUACUAUGCUGUCUCCUCUUGUCUCUGGUGAUGAGCCCCCGGGUCAACAUAAGGAGGUCAAGGACGUUUUCUCUGCUGGCCAA